AGGAAAAAAAGCGAGGAGGGAAAGGAAUGAAGUGAAAGGAGCUGAGAGCCAGGCUGGAGAGCACGCAGACAGCCUGGUGACCUCUGAUGCAUGAAGGAUGAAGGAAGCAGACUGAGUGACUAUGUGGACCGUCUGGGUGAUCAUCUUCUGGGUUUCAACCGUCCUGAUCAGGGCUGCCCCACCUGUCUGUGACCUCCUGAGCGUCCUGAAAAAGGAGGAAGAAAACUGUGCUGAGAGACUGUCCCUGGAGGUGAGGAACAGGACACCUGAAAAUGAUCUGCUCCUGACAUCAGGCAGAUGUGCUGGAAUGUGGGAUAACAUGAGCUGCUGGCCUUCAUCAGCUGUGGGACAGACUGUCGAUGCACCCUGCCCCAAAUUCUUCCAGAUGCUGACUGGGAAAAAAGGUUUCGUCUAUCGAAACUGUACCAGCGAGGGUUGGUCAGACCCCUAUCCAAGACCAGAUAUUGCUUGUGGCUACAAUGUCAAUGACACCACAAAUGAGAAAAGACGUGCCUAUUUCAUGACCCUGAAGACCAUGUACACCAUUGGAUACUGCACCUCCCUUGUGACGCUGACAAUAGCCUUAGUGGUCCUGGCCUCUUUAAGAAGACUUCGCUGUACGAGGAACUACAUCCACAUGCAUCUCUUCACGUCCUUCAUUUUGCGAGCCUCAUCUAACUUCAUCAAAGAUGCUGUUUUAUUCUCCUCUGAAGACACAAACUACUGUGAGGCAUACACGGCUGGAUGCAAGCUUACCAUGGUCUUCUUUCAGUAUUGCAUUAUGUCUAACUACAGCUGGCUUCUCGUGGAGGGACUGUACCUCCACACUCUUCUGGUAAUUUCCUUCUUCUCAGAAAGGAAGUUCUUCUGGUGGUUCAUCACCCUUGGAUGGGGUGCCCCAACUGUCUUUGUGGCUGCGUGGGCCACCGCGAGGCAACUCCAUGAAAACACCGGGUGUUGGAACAUUAACACUAAUGCCAAUACCUGGUGGAUCAUUAGAGGCCCUGUAGUUUUGUCUAUUUUUAUUAAUUUCAUUCUUUUCAUCAACAUUUUAAGAAUCCUGAUGAAGAAGCUCAGCUCACCUGAAAGACGGAGCAGCGAUUUCAACCAGUACAAGAGGCUUGCCAAGUCGACACUCCUCCUCAUCCCGCUCUUUGGGGUUCACUACAUCAUCUUUGCUUUCUUCCCCGAAGACACAAGUAGUGGCACAAUGGAAAUUCAGCUGUUUUUUGAAUUGGCUCUUGGAUCGUUCCAGGGUUUUUUCGUGGCUGUACUUUAUUGUUUUCUUAAUGGUGAGGUUCAGCUGGAAGUUCAGAGAAAAUGGAGGCAGUGGCAUUUAAGCAAACACUUGCGUCAGCAUCUGAGCACCUCAGCAAGUAACGGAGGAAGUGGCUUAACUCAGGAGAUGCAGGUAGUGAAGUUGAGCCCACCACAGGACAGGAGAGCAACCCUCCAAAGAUCAAGCAUGCUUUAACACUUCACCCUUGAGGGAUACCUCCAUGCUCAGGUGCACGUGGUUAAAUCCCAUGGACUGUGCUGGGAGUCUUGUGUAUAUAUCCGAGAGCGGGACUUGGCUGUGGAUCAGCAGUUCUUGAAGCACAUCUGUUCGUCUAUAUCCUGUGUAGCACUGAAGUUAUUUUGCAAGGCAAAAUGGGCCAAAACGUUCUGCUCUUCCUUGGGUUUCUGGCCACAGUCAUUUGUGUUUCUUUCCACACCAAUAUGUUUAAGCUGCUAUUUCUACCUUAAACGUAGCCUCUCAUUUUCCAUGUGGCUCCCUUCCAAUGCUAGGCCAGGCGGGUGAGUUUUAGAUGUUUUGUAUUUCUUCUGCUGUUGAAGCUAGGAGGAUAUUCAGCUUUGUAAGAUGAAGGUUGCAUAUCGUCCUUUAACACAGACUAUGGGUUUGAAAUACAAAGUCACUUUGUGCCU